GCAAGGAUGGAGAGCACAACGAGCCGGGAGGAGCUUUGCAUCGAUUGCAGGGGGGAGCCAAGAUACAGUUUUGCCGUAUGGCCCCCGUUUAAACCCUGAUUUAUUCAUUUCCGCGAGUGGGGGGCAAAAAUGUUGCGCUUGGGGAAAAAAUUAAAAUUAAAAUUAAAUGUUGCGCUUGGAGACUUUGCAAGCAGCCAAGGAACAUUCUUCUCCACAAACAGGAAACGGAUCUCUCUUUUGAGUUUCGGUUUCUAUUCUGCCCGAGUGAGCUCACUGCGUUGCUUAUAUAAUCUGAGAGGGCGAGGCAAAAGUUUGCAGGCGGAGGUAGCAUCCUGCAGACUGCUGGAUCGCUGGCGAGGGGAAGUUCGCUUCCUGCGAAAUUCAGCCUCCUCUCUGGAAAAGGGAAAAUGAGCCGACCUCUGAGAUCUAAGCUGGAGAGCUUGCAGUGCCACUUCACCUGGGACUUCGAGUUCAAGGACAAGGUGGAUGCCUUGCACACCUUGCAGACCCUGGCCCCGCAGGCCCAGCACACCCCACACCGCAACCGAGGCGCCUACCUUGCCAUGAGGGCCUACCUCCAGGACUUCCAAGGGAACUACGAGGAGGCCCUGGACAGCCUCCGAGAAGCAGAGGGGGCUCUGAAGAGGGACCACCCCGCCAACUUCUCCCGCCAGGCCCUGGUGACCUACGGCGACUACGCCUGGGUCUACUACCACUUGGUCAAUUAUGACAUGGUGGACCUCUACCUGGGACGCAUCCACGACAUCUGCCGGUCCUUGGCCAGCCCAGAGGCCUACUCUGCGAUGAUCCCUGAAGUCCAUGCUCAGAAAGGCUGGUCCCUCCUGGCCGGGGGCUUCCGGAACGGGGACCAGGCCGCAGAAUGUUUCCGGAAGGCGCUGGAGGCGGAAGAGUCCAACGAGGAGUUCCAGGCUGGACUGGCCAUCUCCGUUUAUGCCUCCUACACUCAUUCCUGGACCACCGAAAAACGGGAAGAAGCCCAGAAGUUGCUGGAAGAAGUCGUCGCUCACCAGCCGCAGAACUACGAAGCCAAAGCUUAUUUGGCUCAGACACUUAUGGCGGUGGACACGGAAAGAGCGCUCUUCCUCGUGGACGAUGUUGCCCGGGAGAGCGUGAACCCUGAAGUCCUCCGAAUCGUCUCCAAGCUGUACAAGAAGCAACGCUUUCCCUGUACCAUUUCCAUUCUGAGGAAGGCCAUUUCCAUUCUGAAGAAGGCCAUCGCCCUAGAUCCUGGCUACCAUCUCCUACACUACGACCUUGGCAUGGGCUACCUGCAGAUGUUGGAGCACUCUCUAAGUGAUGUCAGAGAAGAAGCCAUUGAGCCUGCCAUUGAGAGCUUCAAGCGCGCUCUGGAGAUGGAUCCUUUCUCCAUCUUCACCCGGCUGAAGCUGGCGAAAGCUUACGGUGAGAGGUCACCGGCUUACGAGGAAGAGAUCUACCUUAACCUGAUGGAGGAGCUCCCGGGAGCCAGCAAGAGAUGCCAGCAGUCCAUCUACAUGCACUGGGGGGACUUCCUCCUCCACAAGAAGGGGAUGAAGAGCCAGGCCCUAGAGAUGUACCAGGCGGCCGCCAGGAUCCCCGGAGACCACUCCCUUGAGAGGAAGCAGCUGGAAAUUCGCCUGAAGGGCCUGGCGAGGAUGUUCAGGGAAGACGGAGAAAUGGACCAAGCGAGCGCUGUCUACAGCUUCCUUAAAGAAACAGGGCUUCAGGUUACAAGUCAACAGGACGGAUCGUGGCGAAGGGGUUCGUGGCGAGGGAACGGCAGGGCCCAGCAGUGAAGGACCUCCACACUCACACACUCGCAGAGAGGCAGGGGUGGUGGCUCUUUCCUUCCAGUUUGGGAAGAGGCUCUUCCUGCAGCCUCUCAGCCCCUGGACCCUCCAGCAGGUUUUGCUGGGGGAAAAGCUGAUUUCCAUGAAGUUUCAUUGCAUUCCCCUCGCCGCACUAAAGGAGAGAAAAAAAGCUUCCAGUUGUGUUUAUCUGCAAAAAAUGGUUUUCUAGAAGUGGCAUUGCUAAUAAUAAUAAUAAUAAUAAUAAUAAUAAUAAUAAUAAUAAUAAUACUAUUAUUUUAGUCCUGGAUCCUGCAAGGGUUGAAAUCCAAUGGAGGAUUCCAUUGCUGAACCAAGGAGCAAGUUUCUUUGUGGGAUAAUGGCUGUAGUUGCCACGCUAAGUACUGCCAUUCCUUCUCUUGAAUAGACAUGGGUUUCCCAAUCUUUUCCCCCCUCCAGACUACAACUCCCAUCAUCACUAGCUAGCAGGACCGGUGGUCAAGGAUGAUGGGAGUUGUAGUCCAAAAGCAGCUGGAGACUCAAGUUUGGGAAACUCCGAGUUAGACAAAGGCUGUUCAGUGCAAUGAUCAGUUUGUUUGGCGCUUGAUUCCAAGGCUGUCAGUAUGGAAGAAGCAAGACCUUUGGGGGUGUUAAGUCUGCGAGCCCCUCCAUCUUGGGCUCAGGUUGUAUAUAUGCUGUGCAAAUAAACCAUAUAUCCUAAAGA